AUCAUCAAAGCGAGACACCUUUUCUUUUGGCCUCCUUCCUCGCGAAAACCACCAAACCAAAACCCACACACCCACAGCUUUUCUCCCCCUCACUGCUUUGCUCUCCAGUCUCCACCUCCUCCUCCUCGCUGCCGCGCCGCCCAUCCGCCAGCCAUGGCGAUGUCGUCGUCCCGCUCGGCGGCCGCGAUCCGGGGGCGGCGGGUCGGGGCGCUGGCGAGGGCGAGGAGGCACGCGACGAGGGCGAUGGCGUCGCUGUUCGGCCACGUCGAGCCGGCUUCCAAGGACCCCAUCCUCGGCGUCACCGAGGCCUUCCUCGCCGACCCCUCCCCCGACAAAGUCAACGUCGGCGUCGGCGCCUACCGGGACGACAACGGCAAGCCCGUCGUGCUCGAGUGCGUGCGCGAGGCCGAGCGCCGGAUCGCCGGCAACCUCAACAUGGAGUACCUUCCAAUGGGAGGAAGUAUAAAGAUGAUUGAAGAGUCACUAAAGCUGGCAUAUGGUGAGGAUUCUGAUUUCAUCAAAGAUAAGAGGAUUGCUGCGGUGCAGGCUCUUUCAGGCACAGGUGCAUGCCGGCUCUUUGCCGAUUUCCAGAGGCGUUUCUUGCCAAAUUCACAGAUCUACAUACCUACACCUACAUGGUCCAAUGUGUGUAACUUCUCCAGUCAUCAUAACAUUUGGAGGGAUGCUCAAGUACCUCAAAGGACAUUCACCUAUUACCAUCCAGAGUCAAGAGGGCUUGAUUUCGCAGGACUGAUGGAUGAUAUUAAGAACGCUCCAAAUGGUUCAUUCUUUUUGCUUCAUGCUUGUGCCCAUAAUCCUACUGGAGUUGAUCCUACAGAAGAACAAUGGAGAGAGAUAUCCUACCAAUUCAAGAUAAAGAAUCAUUUCCCAUUCUUUGACAUGGCAUACCAAGGAUUUGCCAGCGGUGAUCCAGAGAGAGAUGCUAAGGCAAUCCGAAUCUUCCUUGAAGAUGGGCAUCAAAUUGGAUGUGCUCAGUCAUAUGCAAAGAACAUGGGACUGUAUGGGCAAAGGGCAGGGUGCUUGAGUAUUCUGUGUGAGGAUGAGAUGCAAGCAGUUUCUGUUAAGAGCCAAUUGCAACAGAUUGCAAGGCCAAUGUACAGCAACCCACCUGUUCAUGGUGCACUGGUUGUCUCCAUAAUCCUUAAUGAUCCAGAAUUAAAGAGUUUAUGGUUGAAAGAGGUCAAGGGUAUGGCUGAUCGAAUCAUUGGAAUGCGGAAGGCACUCCGGGAAAAUCUCGAAGGCCUAGGUUCACCAUUGUCAUGGGAUCACAUCACCAAUCAGAUUGGAAUGUUCUGCUACAGUGGGAUGACACCUGAACAGGUGGAUCGCUUAACCAAUGAAUACCAUAUUUACAUGACCCGUAAUGGCAGAAUAAGCAUGGCUGGUGUAACAACAGGAAAUGUGGCGUAUUUGGCUAAUGCUAUUCAUGAGGUCACUAAAACGAAAUGAAGCUACUUCCUCUUCCCUCUUCGGCCAAUGAAAUGAGGCUUGCAAGCGGCGGCGUUUUUUUUUUGGGGGGUGGUCUAUUGACCUUUAAGAUGGUUGUACUAGAGAAAUAAUCCAGUGAACAUGCUGGUGUUUCUCCAACUUCGGAUUUUCCCUGUAUGGAGGAGAGAACUAGAAACCUACCCAAUUUUGAGAGCUAUAGAUGCCGAUCCUGUUAUUUCAAUCGUCAGAUGUUAUGCCUGUGGCAGCCUGGCAGGUCACCUCAGAAACAGAGAUAUGUGAAAGAGAAUAAAUGCAAAUGAGCUGAGCAUUUUGACAAGUCA